GGUACGCUGCACAAGAGUCAUGUGCAUGAAUAUUCACAGAAAACAGAUAAAAACAGUCGAUUUUCCACGAAAAAAUAAAUUAUUCUAUAUUAUUGCUGAUUUGUUUCUCGUGUGGUGACAAGUCUUUGUUGUUAUUUGAAUACUUUGUAUUUGUUUCUGAGACUUCCUUCUUAAAACAUUUCGGCAUUUAGGACCUUGGUCAUACUUGCUUGUGUAGUUUCGAGUGAGGAGACCAAUACGUGUCGGCUACUUUUAGUUUCAAUAUACUGUACUUUGAAAUAUGAUCUGAUUUCCUUAUUGCGAUGAAAGCUGAUCAGAAUCGUUUUAAUAAACGGAUUUCUUCAGGUUACAAGGUGUAAGGCAAGGUGCCUAGAAAUGGCUUUACGUUUACUUGUAAUGUGCCAGCUAAUCACAUGUGGAUUCUCUAGAAAAUUAUUGAAGAUGGAAAAUAAUAAACACAUUUCAGAUAAUGUUUUCAUGAAUGAAGAUGAAGCAAGCAAAUUCUUAGGACGCCAUCUGUUACUCAACCAUUUUGACUUUGAGUUAUUUACUCCUGGGAAUUUGGAAAGGGAGUGUUAUGAAGAGGUGUGCAAUUAUGAAGAGGCAAGAGAAGUGUUUGAAAAUGUUGACGGAACAAACAUUUUUUGGCAACAGUACAUCGCAAACGGAUAUGCCAAACCAGGUGAUCAGCAGUCUCAGAGGAUAGAUGUGACGGCUCUCCUCACUGGCCUCGUUGCUGCUGGAGUGUCCUUAGUUUUCAUUGGGCUACUAAGCUGGUAUUUUUGUCAAAAAAGAUGCAAAGGCCGCAACCAACCAGAUUCCUCAGUAGGUCGUGUGAGGCGAAGCAAUGCAUCCCUUGUUGUCAGAUUAGAAGAAGUGUCUCUCACCCUUUUACACCCAGCAGUAGAGGGACCAGGACUUCCUUCAUAUGCGCAGGCAAUUACAACAUCCGGACAAUAUGAUGCACCCCCACCACCUUAUCCAGGAUCUCGAUCAGGAACAGUGCAAAGAUAGCAAGACAAGAACUCCUCCUCGGUUGGGUGUUUCGUAUCAUUUUUAAAUAAUUGUUUUAGCACAUCAGAAUUGUAUUAUUUAAAACACUUGAGGAAAUUUUAAAACACCCAGUAAUAGAACAAGAAAUAAAAAAAUUAAAAUACCGAAGACCCCUUAACGAAUUUCUGUAGUUGUUUAUUCCAAGUUUAGUAAAUUUAAAGGGUGCCAUUGAAACUGGAGUAAAUUGUGAAUUUCAACCUUCAAGUCCCAGAACACUAAAUACUAUGCAUUGUUGCAAAUUCCCUUUUAAAUAUUUUGGCAUUAGAUUUUUUUCCCCACAUUAAUCAGCUGGUGUUUUGUUCCCACAGCAACUGUUUUCAGAGAACAGUUUAUUGCUACAGUUUUCUUUGAGAAUUAGGGUCCCUCUCAACCAGUGGCAGUGAAAUCCUUGUUGGUAAUAAUCCUAAGCAGAAAAAAAUAUAAAAAUACAAGUGCUAACCAAAAAGAGUACAACAAUAACUUUGAAGUUAACAGUUAGUUCAGAGAAUGUUCAGAGAAAGUCAGUUGAAGUCUUUGUUUUUCACUUUUGGUUCUUUUUAUAUAUAUAUAUAUAUUACUAUUUGAAAUAAAACAGGAUUGACAUUUUGACCUCAUAAUAAAGUAUUACUAUAAACUAUAAACACUAAUAUUAAACUUAUAUUGAAAAUUAAUCAUUUUCAGUCCUUUGCAACACACAGGGUGCGCUGUAGGGGUCAGCAGAGACACAGAAGGCAUUAACGGACACUGUGUAACUUUAAAGUUAAAUAUUGAAUCUCUGUUUAGAUAAAGUAUAAUCUUGGCAAGUGAGACAUGUUCUUGAGAGGGCUUGACUGUAUUUUUAUUGUUCAACUCAAUAUCAAAGGUGCAGUUCCUGAACCAGUUUUCAAAAUACUUUUUAUAAUCAGGAGAGAUUUUUGUUCGCUUAGAUGAGCUUUGGGGCUGGGUUUCAAAUUCGUCUUAGACACUAAUCAAGUUAAUAGUUUUAGGGAAUUUUACAAUUAAUAUUCCAGGUAACAUAAACAAAAUAACAUGCAGAGGUUAAGUGGAAACCUCCUGUUUUGUUAAUCGGAAUCUUGUCUCAACCUUGGAUUUCUGUUAACAAGACAGAGGGUUUAAAUGCAUCCUUUGGGAAACAGGUUUUUUUUUUUUUUUUUUUUUUAAAUAUGAGGUACUUAUGAAAAUUGUUUGAAGAAAAGUGGAAAGGGUUCCUUUGGGGGAAAAUUGCAAAUAUUAAACAGACACCACCAAAUUAUUUUAUACUGUUAAUAAAUGUGAGUUAUGUUCAGCUAAAAACUAAAUAAAAAUCUGAUAAGAAAUUAGCAGUACUUUGUACUUGAAUAACAAAAACCACAAAACCUGUUUUCUUCUGGUUAAUUAAUAGGGAAGGAACCAUUCCACUGAACAACUCAUUAUUUUAACAUUUAACAAAAAAUGUUAUUUCUUUAUGGAAAAACUAACAAGACCCUUUAAAAUAACAAUUAUGUGCGGAACUUUUUGCAGGAUUGUACAUUUACCCUAAUUAAGCCAUGGUCUUUGGAACAGGCCUGUCUUGUAAUGAGCUGUUUAUUAUGAAAGGUAUGUGUAUUAUUAUCCUAUACAUAAGCCUAAUUAUUUUUGCUUAUUUAUUUCUAUAAAUGGGAUAUUUUAAUGAGUAAAGACAGUAGCAGAUCAUGAGAAUAAUAAAAUAAAUAAAGUGGUAAUAACAUUUGAACUUCAGAGCAUCCUAUAUACUGAACUACAUCUGGUAUAAGUAACUUAUAUUUAUGUAAAAUAAUUGUUUUGACUUAUUAAUAAUGCUUAUGUAAAUUUUAAUGAGAAGCAAAUAAAAAAUAAAAAAAUAGCGAUAGCUCUAUAUAUAUAGCAGACAUGUUCAUGAACAAUUUAUGUGACACAGAUAAAAUAAAUAAUGUUUGAGAUUAAUUAAUGUUCAUUUAUGUCUAACUCUCCAUUACAUUAGUUACCUGGCUUUCAGUGUGAUAGUUAAAGAUUCUAAGGAGAAGCAAGUCACGCUGUAGGACUUUUUACAAUAUGGUAAUUUGCUUAUUUUAGUUUAGGCAUCAAUGGGAUAUGAAGGAUAGGGGAUUUCUAAACCCAGCACAGAAACCUAAAUAUGGUAUAAAGAUUUGAAAAAGCAGAAUUCACCUGGAGAUUUUUACCCUGAGGUAAAAAGCAUUUAGUCAGUCAUAUUUUGUUAUGGUCUUGUUCUAGCAGAAAAGCAGUUCAUGAAAAAAAAAACACCUGCUUGUUCCUAAGGAUAUUUUCUUUGUUUGGCAAUGAUAAAAGACAUGCAAACUCACCUGUUACUACUUGCCUACAAGAUAACCUUCAGAAAAAUGUGUUGCGCUCAUUUUCAUCAAGACACUACUGUUUUAUAUAUUUGGCGGUUUUAGUGUAUAUUCUUUUGUAGAAUGCAUUCUAACAAAAGGGUUCCAUAUUGACUUUAUUAUAUAAAUUGGGUAACAGUUGCCACCCAUAACUCCGGGACAGGCAUUCUAUGAAAUGUUCUUUCCCACAUUGAAGUACUUAACAGUAUAACUACUGUAUACCUAAAUAUGUCUUUCCAAAUAAGUUGUAUGUAUUGCAGUUGAAAAACAGUAUAUUUGAUGUAUAUUUGGCGCAGGGUGCAUUUUGAGUGUGUUUGUACUUAUUGUGUUUUAUCAUCAAACUUGGGACAUUUGGGCUCAGAGCAAAAACACUGCUACUGCUCAAAAAGAACCAGACUCCAUUAGGACGACCAUGACAUGUAUGUUAGAUUUAGUUUUUUUUUGUUUUUUUUUUGCAUCUCUUGUCUGAAAAGUUACUGAGAUUAUAAUGUUGUUUAAAGCACUGUUGUCAGUUAAGAGUUUGAAUCCUUAUGUAGCUAUACAUUUACUGUUACUUACAAAUAAGGAAAGCUUGAGCUAAAAAACACACCGUCUAGCCUUGUAUAUAAAUACUGAAACAGUGCUUCCAAAAUGUGAAACUUGAUAUCUAAACAAUAAGGAACUUAAAUUAGUUUAAUUCACAUGUUUUGUAAAUUGCUGCCAUGUUUGCAUUUUACAUUUUGAUAAAAAGACUGAGCC